GGAAAGCUCUCCUUCGCCAACGGCUUCGUUUUGGAGGGAACCUUCACCAACAAGUCGGGCCAAGGCCUCCAGACCCACGGCGUCCUCAACACCUCCAGCGAGCAGCUGGAUGAGAGGAUCACCAAAACUCAGCUGGGCCUCAGGGAGUUCCCAGUGGAGAAGAGGUGGAAGGGAAUCUAUGACCAGUUCCUGGAAUUCCUCCAGUCUGGCUGCAAGGAAGAGAUGGAAGAGUCUUUCACAGGGUUCCACAUCCAAACCAGCAAGGAGCUGAGGAAAUCUCAGGAAUAUCUCUUCUGCCAAAGGGGGACUGAGGACGUAUCCUGGAAAAUUGAAGAUAUCCUUGAAGAGCUUGUCCAGCACCAGGAGCUGGAGUCGAUACAGAGUUAUUUAGAGAAGGCGUUGAAGUCCUCCCUGCACCCUCUGGGCAAGCUGCUGAAGGCCCUGACAGUCGCUUUCCAGGCAACAUAUUCCGGGAUCGGGGCCAACAGGCACCUGCUGACCAUGGCACAGGAGGAGGUCAAGUACUACGCCAAGAAAAUUUGGGAAUUCUACCGGGGUUUGCUCCAUUUGGCACUGGAACAGAAAGGCCAACUGUCCCCAAGGGCUGUGGAUGGAGACAUGAGUGACCAGAAGGCCUCCAGUGUGGUCCUGCCCCUGAUCCUGCCCUGCUUCUACCCCGAGCUCUUCAUGCUCUACAUGCUGUACCACGAGAGGGAAGAUGACCUGUACUGCCAGGGCAUCGUGGACCUCAGCCUGUUCCCUGACAUCAAGCUCCUGGAAUUUCUGGAUGUGCAGAAGCACCUCUGGCCUCUCAAGGAUCUCACCCUGACGACCAACCAGAGGCGCUCCCUGAUCAAGGACAAGUGUUUCCUGUCGGCCACCGAGUGUUUGCAGAAGCUCAUCACGACGGUGGAUCCCAGGGAGAAGCUGCUGAUCCUGCAGAAAACCUACGAGGAGCUGGAGGGCACCGUGGGCAGGGUGCUGGGCAAGGACUACAAACUGCCCAUGGAUGACCUGCUGCCCCUCCUCAUGUACGUCGUGUCCAGAGCCAAAAUCCAGCACCUGGGAGCUGAAAUCCAUCUGAUCAGAGACUUGAUGGAUCCCACCAACCAAGGAGGAAUGUUUGACUUCCUGCUGACAGCACUGGAGUCGUGCUACGAGCACAUCCAGAGGAUGAGGCUCCACCCGAGGGAGAACUGCCCCCUGCCUCCCAGCUCCUGAGCCCCAGGAUCCCAAGGGAACGUCCUUCCCGCUGCACUUUCCUGCUGGAUGAGGAAUCCCUCGUGUCCCUGCUGCUCUGGCUGCCUUUCAAAGGGAAGAAUUCUUGGAUCAGCUGCGGGUUUCCUUGGAAUAACCCUGCUCCUAAAGCACACGCGGGGGUGCCGAUGGAUAAAACCCUUCGCUAUCCAACCUCAGCUGGUGGUUGGGAAUCUCUUCCCGAGUGGAAAAGGUUUCUUUUGGCCCUGGGGUUUCGUUUUCCUUGUCCUGCAAAUCCCAGGGAGCUCCUUUCCCUGCUCUGGUGAACGGACAGAAAGGAGAAGGGUUUAUUGGAGAGAAACCACAGGAAUUCGGGUGGGACCAUUUCUGGUUGGAGAGGUCACCCCCACAUUCCUAAAAAAUCCAUUCCUGGAGGGCAGAGGGGGUUUCUCCACUCCUCUUCCUCCCUGGGCUAAACUCAGGACCUGUCCAUGGCAUUUGAAAGCUGCUAUUCCCCAAUUCCCAUGGUUUUAGGAGACUAAAAGAUGUGGAUUUAUUGAAGCCUCAGGGAAUGUCACACCCGCACCUUGGAUCUGCUCCUGCUGCUCUGGAAUUCUGCAGGGAUUUCCCGUGGGCUUGGAAGAAAAGGAAUGUUGGUCUGGGGGGAGAAAUCCCAACUCCUGGGAAGAGAAAACAUGCAAACACCUGGUUUUCCUGCUGCUUUUCCGAGGAGAUUUGUGCUGACAGACCCCCCUAGACACCAAAAUCAGGUUGGGAUUUAGCCUUCCUUUGGAAAAUCAAAGGGAUAUUUGGGAUUUUUUGUCCCUCCCAGUCCCGUGUGAGGUGUAUUUGGAGAGGUUUCGACACAGAUUUUAACCUGCUUGUUUUUUUAAAUUAUUUUUUAAAGUUUGACUCUGAAUUAAUUGUCCAGGUAACUAAUGAACUAUCCAGGCAAAACACAAGCUCUUGGCUCCUGUUUCUCACAUGGAUUGAUGCUUUAAUAAAUAAUAACACUGAUUACAAGAAUUAAUAUAUUGGGAUGAGAGUCUCCUACUGGAUGUAUUUAAAUAAAGCUGGUUGGAAAUUUGAAGGGAGAUUCCAGGCUUGCCUCCUCCUUAUCCCAAUCUCUUUGCUGCCUUCAAGCAUUUGGGAAUUUGCUUGGAUUCGUUGGUUUUUAGUGCUCAUUCUUGGGAAUGAAGGGAUUGGAAGUGCCAAAUCUGGAUCCAUAAAUCUCAUUUUACGUGGUUUUAACCACCAGUGUCACAACAUGCAGGAAUGCAAGGCCCAAAAACGUGCUUUUCCUACCAAAAACCAGGAUUGGCAGCUGGGAAUCCUUGUCCCUCACCUUUAGGAAACGUCCCUUUCCUCGUUAAAAAGGAGGAAAACUCCAGCUUGAGUUUUGGAGAAUGGAAAGAGCCCCGAGGACCAGGCUGUGAAAUUGGAAUUGUGGAGCUGCUUAAAACUGGUGCUUUUCCAACCUCCUGCCAGAAGGUUGGAGCACUGGGAUGGUUUGAUCCAAAAUAAAAAAAGAAAAUGCUGUUUUCUCCA